AUUUGAAAUUCUAUAGAUCCGCCAACAAUGUUAUUUUGAGCCCUGGAGAUAAAAAUGGUGUAAUUUUACCAAAAUAUUUCCAAAAAGUCGUCGAUAAACACUCAAGAUUAUUGCUAUAAAAGCAUUAAAUCUAAUCAGACAAAAUGGAAGAUUUAAAAGACAUCAAAUCGUUGCAAGAACAAGUGAUACGUUUCACAAAACACGUACAAGCCCCUUUGGCGCAUAUUAACAAGUGCAACAGGAUUUGUAUGGAUCUUUUAAACACUUUCCGUAACGUUUAUCCAUAUUGUCAUAUACAUCAAUUCGGUUCGUCCAUAACAGGACUCUGUUUCUGUGGAAGUGACGUAGAUAUUUAUAUAUCUGGAAUAAGGAAACAGCAUCAAGAAGAUAUCAGACAUUUAUACAGAUUGAAGCACCUUUUAAAUAAUUCGAAUAUGUUUCACAAUAUAUUAGUUAUCGGUCAAGCUAAGAUCCCAAUAUUGAAAUGUGUCCAUACGGCAACGAACACCAAUUGUGAUAUAAAUAUUAGAAAUAAGCUGGGGCUUUGUAACAGUAGAUUGAUUUCUUAUUAUUUGAAUAUUGAUGUGAAGUUGAAACAGAUGAUGUUGAUUAUAAAAUAUUGGGCCAAAGUGCAUAGAAUAACCGGACAGAAUCACCUAUUUACAAAUUACUCGUUUUGUAUGAUGAUUAUAUUUUAUUUACAGGGGAAUCCAUACAACUUACCGUCGGUGAAAUAUUUACAAUCCGAUCCGGCUUACACGAAUCGACAGGAUGAUUGGAACGGAGGAUUUCAGUGUAUAAAAGCGUUUUGCCCGCACGUCAGAUCGUCCUCACUUUUAGAUCUACUUUCGAAUUUCUUUUCGUAUUACGCCGAAUUCGAUUACGGCACUUACGUCAUAUGCCCUUUUCUGGGUAGACCCGUCAAAAAAUCCGAUUUCAAAGAUCCCGACGGGUUACCUCAAGGUUACGAUACCUACAAAUCGGUUGUAAAAUUAGAAGGAAAUCGACCGUUGAAAGUGGACGCCACUAUAUGCGUUCAAGAUCCAUUCGAGCACACCAGAAAUAUAACGCCGAUUGUAUCCGAAUCGACGUUGGAUAUAUUCGUGAAAUUUUGCAAACACGCCAAAAAAUUAACCGAACAAGGCGAAACCGGUUUCCUUUAUAAACUGUUCACCCAAACGCCGCCCAACGCCAAAAUCCAACUACUCGCCCAAACGAAUUUCAUACAAUUCGGCGUCGAAAUGGGCACUAGCAUCGAUUAUAUAAGGAGAAACGUCGACGUUAACGACGAAUCGAAAGAUCUGUGGUUCGAUUCGGUGAAAAGAUUCGCCCUGAUUGCGUUACGCAACUUCUGUAAUAUGACCGUGACGGAGGAAGGCGUUUCCGGUAAUAAGAGACAGAAGAUGAACGAACACAGCGACGUGACGAGCGAUUUCGGUAACGUGAUCGGUUCGUUUAAAUGUUCGGCGACGUUGAACGUAUGGCAUAACCGACCGAAAUCGAAACAAGAUCGAGGUAUCGUCGAACAGGAAACGGAAAUAACGAAAAAGAUGUUGGAAAUGUAUAAAAAUAUCGAUAAAGUGAAGAUUAUCGAAUUUUCGAUGGUGUUGGAGAGGAGGAUCGAACCUGCUCAAGUGAUUUUCAGUUUGACGAAAAUUAAUUGUUACAAGAAAGUUUUCAAGACGUUCGGAAAAUUUUUUUCGACUACGUUCGGUAAAUGGUUCGCGAUUUACGAAAAAGAAUUGAAUCGAAACGUCGAAUCGAAUUAAUCGAUCGGAAAAAUCGAUUGUUGUACAUUUUUCGAAAAUAAAUGUUUCUGAAUUGUACACGAAAACGUAUCGAAAAUAAUUUCGUUCGAUUGAAAUUUUAUAUUUUCCUCGUAACUCGUCGAUUUUUUGAGAAAUUUGCGUUGGAAUUUUUCUCGUCAAAAAACCAUCGAUUUUGAUCAUAACAGUCAAUCUGUAACGAAAGUACGUAGGUGUCCGCCAUCUUAAACUUCAAUUGAAGUAACGUCAUUUGUCGUGCCCGCCAUCUUGGAUAUCGUCUGUCAAUUAUCGCGUGUUUCGUGUAAAUACGUCAUUAGGAGCGUGUUCUAUCUGUCAAUGAUCGCGUGUUGCAUCCGCCAUCUUGAUAAUUACCUGCAACUAUCGUGUGUUCUAUAGUUUCCGUCAUUUGUCGACUGACGUGUAUUUUACGCCAUAAAGAGCAUGGGAUGAGCAUCUGAUGAGCAUCUACAGGAAUUAUUGUGUAUUCUAUAUCAUCUGUCGUUUCCGCCAUUUGUCAAAUGUCGUGUAUUUUAAAUCAUAAUGAGUGUGGGAUGUUCGCCAUUUUGGAUUUCAACGGAAAUAACAUCGUCCGCCAUCUUGAUAUCAACUAUCAUGUAUUCUGUGUCAUCUGGUUUCUGUCAACUGUCAUAUGUUCUGUGACAUAUAUCGUUUGUGGACCGUUUUACUUUAAAACUUAACCAAUUUUGUAAAUAAUAAAAAAACUUUGUAUCAAGAUUAACAUGAGUAUCGUCAAUUAUAAUAAUAACAAAGAUUAGCCAUGCUAAUAACCUUGAAUAUUGGCCAUGCUUAUAACCUUGAAUAUUGGCCAUACUAAUAACCUUGAAAAUUGGCCAUGUUGAUAACCUUGAAUAUUGGCCAUACUAAUAACCUUGAAAAUUGGCCAUGCUGAUAACCUUGAAGAUUGGCCAUGUUGAUAACCUUGAAGAUUGGCCAUGAUAACAACUUUGAAAAUUGGCCCCUGUAAUGACUGAUGAUAAUUGAGAUGAAUUGGUUAAUUGGCAAAGUUAUAGGGAAAUAUUCACUCUUAAGAUUAGCUAAUUCGGUAAAUAGCGAGACAGGGUUGAAGAUUGGCUCUUUUUAUUGGAUAAUUAGCAAGACAAAGUUGAUAAUUGGCUAAUUUUAGUGGAUAACAUACGGAUUAAUGUUGAAUAUUGGCUCAUUCUGUACAUAUCAAGACGUUCUAUUUACAAAUUUUAUUAUAAAGGCAAAAUUAUAACAAUAACGUUGAACAUUGGCCCAAUUUAUAAAUAAUUGGACAAUUAUUUGAUCAAGAUCAACAGGGGUGUCGUUAAAAUUGAAGAUUGGUUCGCUUUUGCAAAAAGUUCAGUCAUUUUGUUAGCAGUAAGGGAAAAUUUGUUAUACAGGCGGGCCUAUUAUCAAAAUUAUAACAAUAACCUUGAACAUUGGCCCAUUUAAUAAACAGGUGUUUGUCGUUAUACCCUCUUGAGGUCUCAUCAUGCAUAUUCCAACGCAAAUUCUCUCCCGAUGACUUCAAAAGUACCAACAUGAUGAAAAUUGGAAUAAUUACCAGGGGCACGAAUAAAUUUUGUUUCCCAUAAAUCAAAUUAGGGUGGAUUGUAUUGAAAUUUAUAUUGAGGUAUAAGUGCCUGAUUCUAUUUUUAAUAAUAAAUGUGACAUACUGUAUAUAUAUUUCUUUGUUUAGUAUUUUAAAACGAAAAAUAAAUUUAUUUAGAGGAUUUUUGGAAUAAAAAAAAUUGUACAUAUUUAAAAAAAAAAUGUUUUUC